AUGUGGACCGAGUCCCAGAUGGACAUGCUCGAUAGUCCGCAAGGCAGUGAGGCCAUGGGUGUUGCCGGCCGGAUGCGGUUUUCCGUAUACAAGCCCUCAGCGGUACAGAACCCCGAGCCAUUCUGGUUCAUGCAGAAGGUAGACCACACAGGGCUUAACAAUACAUUGUUCAAGCAGCGCAUCUACAUCAACACCAAGGAGUACAAAGCUGGUGGUCCCAUCUAUCUGUUCAACAGCGGCGAGACGCCUGCUUCUCCCUCAUAUCUGUAUGGAGGGGAGCCAUACCAGCUGGCCAAGAAUACCGGCGGGAUACUUGUGAUCAUGGAGCACAGAUACUAUGGCCAGUCAUACCCAGUCAGCGACAUGUCUGGGCCGAGUAUGCAGUACCUAACAGUAGAGAACUCCCUAGACGAUAUUGCCAACUUCAUCCGCAACGCGCCUGCGUUCAUCCAAGCGAGCACAGGCAUCGAAAUUGCAUCGAAUUCCAAGUGGGUGGUGACCGGCGGGUCCUACUCAGCAACACUGGCGGCAUGGGCGCGCAUGCAAUACCCAGAUCUCAUCCACGCAGCAUAUGCCAGUUCAGCGCCGGUUGUAGCACAGGUGGAUUUCUUCCAGUACGACCAGGUUGUGGGCGAGGCAUUGCCGUGUGCGAGUAAGAUCGCCGACGCCAUCGACACGCUCGACCUGAUCCUGGACAGCAAGAGCCGCACACUGAUCGACAGCUGGAAGCGUGCCAGCGGAUUGGAGCAGGUCAAGGAUGAUGUUGAUUUCGCCGGUGCCUUCAUCGACCAAAUGUCCAAUGUUGUGCAGUAUUAUGUGCCGCCGGCACCUGGCACCAAUGCACCAGACGCCAUUGCCUCCCUAUGCAGCUGGUUCGAUCGCCAGCAGUACAUUCCGUUGCAGAACCUGGCGGAUAUGACGAGCGCAUAUAUCCGCUUCAACAGCAUCGACACUGUGUCUGCGUACAGCUCGCUGGCGGGUGCACACAGCACAAACCUGGGACAAGAUGGCCGUGCGUGGUACUACCAGACAUGCACGCAGUUCGGGUUCUGGCAGACGGCUCCGCGCCCACCACAGCGCCGCCUGCGGUCAAAGUACUUGACAGCCGAGUGGCAGAGGACACCAUGCAGUGUGUUUUUCGGGGACACAGUUACCGGCGAUGUCAAUACUGACAAGAUCAAUAGCAAGUACGGCGGGCUGAAGCCAAAUGUGACGCGAGUUGUGUUCGUCAACGGCCUGCAUGACCCAUGGAGCCGCCUGUCGAUUGUCUCCGAGGCGCGGUAUGGGAAGGGGUUGACAAACACACGCGGGAACACCAUCUUAACUAUGCCGCUGGCGUCUCAUGUUACGGAUUUCUAUGUGGGCGCGAACCGGACCGAUUUCGGGGUCAAUGUUGUGCGCGAGAAGAUCCUGGAGGCGAUUAUGCAGUAUUUAGCUGAGGACUAG